AUGGUCUGGGGGGAUUUCAAGGUUACCAUCAACCCCGUCGCUACCGUCGAGAGGUACUUGCUGCCCCGGAUUGAAGAUCUCUGGUCAGCAUUGUCCGGUGGACAGAAGUUUACCAAGCUCGACCUCAGAGAUUCUUACCAGCCGCUGGUGUUCCAGGAUGCCUCCAGGAAGUAUGUCGCAAUAUCGACAUCUUUGGGGCUCUUUCAGUACACAGGCUUACCCUAUGGCGUGGCCUCGGCCCCAGCCAUGAUCCAGAGGGAGAUGGACAACCUCUUCAGGGGUAUGAGGCACGUGGCGGUGUACUUGGACGACAUCCUGGUAACUGGCAGUGACGACGGGGACCACCUGCAGAACCUGCACAACUUCUUGGCACGUCUGCAGGACGCCGGCAUCAAGCUCAAGCUCGAAAAAUGCGUCUUCCUAGCCCCCAGUGUUGAGUACUUGGGACAUGUCAUUUCCCAGCAUCUACAGUCGCUCCAUCUUCUGCUUGGAGAUUGUCAGCAAUGGGUCUUGAAGAAGGAGCAGGACCGGGCCUUCCAGCGCAUCAAGGAGCUAAUCACCAAGGCUCCAGUGCUGGAGAACUUCGAUCCUGAUAAGCCUGUCGUCCUUACUGUAGAUGCGUCGCCGUAUGGUGUGGGAGCCAUCCUGGCCCACUGGGACAAAGAUGGCCAGGAACGCCCUGUGUCAUUUGCUUUUCAGCGGCUUCAUGCUGCAGAGCAACGUUACAGCCAGCUGGACAAGGAAAGUUUGGCCCUCAUGUUCGGUGUCGAACGCUUCCACCAGUAUUUGCGGGGCCGGAAGUUCGAGGCGGUCACAGACCAGAAGCUGCUUUUGGGGCUGCUGGGGCCUGACAAGGACGUUCCUGUGCAGGCAUCACCUCGAGUGAUACGCUGGACCUUAAGGCUGGCAGCUUACAGUUACCAGCUGGUUUACCGUCCGGGAAAAGACCUGGGACCUGCUGAUGCCCUGAGGCGCCUGCCGCCUGAACCUUCUGAAGUGUUUAUGCUAGAACACGUGUACCCGGAGGUGCUUUCGAUGACUGCGGUAUCUCAAGCGACCAGCCGGGACACAGUCCUGUCUCAGGUGGUCAAGGUGGUGUCCUGUGGAGAGGAAUUGCUGCAGCAGGCCUAUAGCCACAAGGCUGCUGAGCUGAGCUUACGGCAGGGCUACCUACUGUGGGGUACUAGGGGGGUGAUCUCACGAAGUCUCAGGUCCAGGUUCCUGAUGUUCCUGCACGUGGGUCAUCCUGACGAAGAAAAGACCAAGAUGGUGGCCUGGUCCCAUGUUUGGUGGCCUCGCCUGGAACAGGACAUCGCUCACUUGGUGCAGAGCUGCCAAAUCUGCCAGCAGUAUGAGCGAGCCUCGCAUCAUGUGGAGAUCACCCGCUGGCCGUUCCCACAGAGACCCUGGUCCCGCCUACAUGUGGAUUUUGGGGAACCCUUCAAAGGCCAUUACUUACUGUUGGUGGUGGACGCCUUUUCGAAGUAG